AUGUGCCAACGGAACGCCACCACCUGCAGCCACAACAACGCCACAACCGUCCAACUUUCCAGUUGCCUCAAGUUCAAAACCCAGAUUGAUUCCCUUUAUGAGGCAAUGCGCGAAGAGAAGAAGCAUCGCACCCGACCCCAACACAAUGUAACCUUUGGCCUUACAGAAAUUCAUACUCAUCCACGAUUAUUGGAUACCGCUCGUGAAGGACCUUCCCUCACCAUUGGGUGGGAGCCAGUAUCCAAAAGAGUCACUACAGUGCAGGAUCACCACAUGGAAUGCAAGCCCAGCUUGGAUACAAUGCUUCCCUUGCAUCCUGAUGACCGGAUCUCCAUUCUUUGCCAUGCAGGGUGCAGCACACAUGACAUGCUCCGACAUUUUCUUUACCAUGCGGAACUGGAGAAGAUUAAGGAAUGCAAGAUGAGUGGUGUUGCGGCCAGCAGCGUGUACUACAACAAGCCUGCCCGCAAAUCUCACAGGAAUUCCAAGACAAACGCCGCUGCCUAG